GAAAUAGAUAACAAUGAACAAAUGAGUUUUGAAGAAAUAAGAAAUCAGGUUAUGACAUUUUUAAUAGCAGGACAUGAGACAACUGGUGUUUUGAUGACUUGGGUAUUGUAUUAUUUGUCCAAAGAUCAAGAAAUUCAAGACAAACUCAGAGAAGAGAUUGUUAAAGAAUUUCCUGAUAAAGAUUCUGAGCUAAAUCUUGAUCAAAUCAAUUCCAUGGAAUAUUUAAAUGCAGUUUGCAAAGAAGCUCUUAGAAUCGCCCCUCCAGUUUUACUUGUGGGUCGUACAGCAAAUGAAGAUGUCAUGAUUGAUAAGUAUUUUGUUCCAAAG